GGAAGCUGUUCGCUUCUGCAGCCUGGCUGCACGUAAUUAUUAUGAAAUGCUAGUACGAGGUGCUGCCCGCGAAGAGAGCGGAACCCCUUCAAGAAGUCAUUCUCUUGGAAUGAGGACUGAAGUACUGUAUUUUGACACAGGGUUUUUAUUUUCUUCAGUGUUAUUUUGAAGAGGUAUUCUCUACAGGGGGUAUUGUAAGAAUUCUUUGAAGAGGUCAAUCUUGCGUUGCAAUCUCGUGACUUAAUUGGCAAAACUGAUGGGCACUUUCUUACUGGAAAGUGCCAGGAUGCUAAUUUUAAAGAUUUUAUAUGGGCAUUUAUUUUAAAAAAAGAGUAUGUUAUAGUAUCAUCCUUGCUUAUCAUUACAGCCUGUUGUAUGCAAGUGAGUAAACGCAAGAAUGUUUGGAAAGCCAGGAAGCCUCAUAACCACAGUAAACAAUAUUUAUAUUUUCAUCUUAAGUAUGCUUUUAAAUUUUAACUAAUUAGUCAUUACAGUAGUACUGGUAAGUAUUGUUGCGUCUAGGUUGUAACUGGGGAAAGAGAAUCUCAGGUUCACCUUUUUUAAAAGCACGCGUGACCAAGAUAUGGUGGACCUCAGAAAUGCUGAGUAGCCACUGCUGCCUAUCAUUUUUAGAAGUCAGGCAUGAUUGUUUACACCUAUAAAAUGAAGCAACUAGACCAAGUGAUGAGCUUCUGGAAGUAGUUUCAGUGACCUCUCCAGCCUCACAAAAUAAGUCCGUGGUAAAACUGGAACUCAAAUUUGGGAAGACCUGCAUGUGUGGGCAUAUUCAGAUUGGUAUACACGCAAAUUUUUAAGAGGCAAGUUUAUACAACCUAAACAAACCAGUCUUAAGAAAUUUCACAUAGGUUCAAGUAUUCAAUGAGUUCAACAAAUUACCAUUUUCUAAGCUUUCGUAGUACCAUUCCUAAAUCCAAAAUAAAAACUCCCUUUCUUUGUUUAACUAGUUUUAAAGAACAAUAAUUCCUCUAACAACCUAGGAGCCUUAACAGACACAGGUUUCUUAAGUUGCUGUCCUGCAUCUUUUUCAUCCUUCCUUUUUGUGCUUACACUCUUAUUUGCUUUCCCUUCUGCCAAGCUGCCCAACCAGAUGGAAGAACAAAAUGCUGUGUCUUAAACCUCUAACACAACUGGUAAGCUUAGUGGAAGGAGAGUGUGAGGAGGAUGAGCCAGAAAAGAAAAUAAUUUUAUUGGGACUACUUGCCUGACUGUGCUAGCCAAAUAUAUAUUUUAGUGGUGCCUGGUGAACAAAGCAACAGACUGUGAGGUUCUGGAGACCUACGUGUAUCUCUGUAGUUGACCCUAAGGAUGGAACACACAGACAUUGCAUUGGCACAAAGUGACAAUUUUACAAGCAGAGGAAUAUGCUGUGCUUUUCUUUCUAACCAACUGGUGUCAUAACUUCUUUCUGGAGUGUUCAUUGAAAGGCAGAGACAAUUACUCAACUGAGCAAUAGGAAGAGGGAUUGGAUGAUGGCCAAGAAUGCGUACAUUAAUCACUAAUUGAGAGGAAAGUUUACUUGUAAAAGAAUGCUGGGUAGCAUGUGGGGUAACUGUUGAUCUUCAGUUCUACAGUCCCUUUAAUUUCCAACAGAUUCAAAGAUCACGAACAACUGUCCUGUAAAAACAAGGGGGGCAAAAACAAUCCUACUUGGCAACAAUGAGGUAUUUUCACUUCUGUAAGCUUCCAGGAAGAGUUAUGGGAAUCCGCCUACUACACUUCACUUCUGUGGUGAUCAUUGUCUUGCUUCUUGUGGCAGGUGCUUUAACAGCUUUGCUUCCCAAUAUCAAAGAUGACAAAAUGCCCAAUUUGAGAAGGGAACCAAAAAGCCAGAGUCAGUCUGCCUUGGAUUCAUUUACUCUUAUUAUGCAGACAUAUAAUAGAACUGACUUACUGCUAAAGCUUUUAAAUCAUUAUCAAGCCAUCCCCCACCUUCAUAAAGUAAUUGUUGUGUGGAACAACAUUGGUGAGAAGAUACCAGAGGAAAUGUGGAAUUCCUUGGGGCCUCAUCCUGUCCCUGUUGUCUUUAAAGUUCAAACUGUAAAUCGCAUGAGGAACAGACUCCAGAAUUUCCCUGAGCUGGAAACAAAAGCUGUUUUAAUGAUGGAUGAUGAUACACUAGUCAGUGCUCAUGACCUUGCUUUUGCCUUUUCUGUUUGGCAGCAAUUUCCAGAGCAUAUAGUGGGAUUUGUUCCUAGAAAGCACAUUUCUACUCCUUCAGGUGUAUACAGUUAUGGCAGCUUUGAACUGCAGAAUCCUGGGUUUGGAAACGGAGAUCAGUAUUCUAUGGUUCUUAUUGGUGCAGCAUUUUUUCAUAGUGGAUAUUUAGAAGACUUUCAAAGACAGCCAGAAGCUGUUUAUGCCUUAAUAGAUGAAACUCAAAAUUGUGAUGAUAUUGCCAUGAAUUUUCUUGUAGCCAAGCAUACUGGUAAGCCUUCAGGAGUGUUUGUGAAGCCUGUUGAUAUAAGAAAUUUAGAAAAAGACACUAACAGUGGCUAUUCUGGAAUGUGGCACCGAGCAGAGCAUUUGUUACAGAGAUCUUACUGUGUAAAUAAACUGGUUAAUAUUUAUGAUGGCAUGCCUUUAAAAUAUUCUAAUAUCAUGAUUUCUCAGUUUGGUUUUCCUAAUUAUGCCAAUCACAAAAAUAAAAUAUAAGCCAAUGAAUUGAAGGGGUUAGAUGUUAAACAAUACUCAGUGAAUUGUACUGAGUUCAAGGAGAGAAGAAGGUGUAAUUACUGCAUCUUGGUUGUCCUUAUUUGUAGCCUCUGAAUUUUUUCCAUAUGGCUUUUUAUAUGUUUUUUUUUCCUUUCUUACUAAUUCUCCAAGGUAAGUUCUGAGAAAACUUAAAGGAUAUAUACUAAUGUUUAGCUGUGAUAAAAUCAUCUUCUUUCCUUAAAACCUGAAAAGCUACUACAAUUAAUUAGGCCAGUUCUUCAGAAACAUGCAGACAAAAAUGCACUCCUACCCUUUAGUGCUUCUGUUGUUUGUUUGUUUUGUUUGGGGUUUUGGGGGGUUGGUGUUUGGUUUUGUUUUUUGGGGUUUUUUUGUUUUGUUUUAAAUAUAUGUAUCUAGUCAAAUGAGGUCUAGGCAUAUUUUUGAUAGUUGUAUGUUGAGAUGCUUCCUUGCCUUCCACCUCCUCCUA